UGCAAAAGCAAUAAUAUGAAACGUGCAUUUUCGCUGCAAAAGUUCAAAAUGGGUCAUUUGACCCAUUAUAGUAUGUUUAGUAUUAAUAUUGUGUAAAUAUAGAUUUAGUUGUAAAUAAAUAGUUGUCUCAAGCAAAAUUUCUUUGAAACGUUAUUAUUUCUGUUAUUUAAUAGGUGUCUUCAGGUGCUCAAUCUGCGGUGUACGCGCUCAAGUGAUCGCUUAAUACCAUAUAAGCUGUGAGCUCGUUUACCCAUCCUUAUCGAUUGGUCAACCUAUUUUAUAGUUUAUUGAAACUCUAUUUUAACUAUGAAAGCGACGUAAUUAGAUUCUAAACUUUCCGACAUCAAAAAAACUGUGGCCUCUUUUAAAUAUGCAGUGACGUAAAAAGAAAUCACUACUAGUCAUUUCAGUCAUACAAACUGACUUAUGAAACCACAAUACACAGAAUUGAAGAAAAUCAAAGACGUAAAAUGUUCAAAUCAUAAAAUUAAUGUGUACUAAAAAUUAACAAACUAAAUAGAUACAUUAGGUAAUAUGUGCAUUUGAUCCCUUGAUAGUCCAUUAUAAAAAAUGGAUAUUUACAGCUGUAUCGAAACAUUUUUAUCGACGUUACAAAACUACAGAUGGCUUAUAAACUUAGCUGACCACUGCUAUCCUAUUUCAAUGAUGUCUGUAAUCCACACAGCGAGCUAAAAUGGUACUAAGAAGGAGAUACAGCAAAGAGUUCGGCCGUAAGGCCACUCCCAUACCGAAAUACUUCAGCGAGAUAACCUUUGACGAGAGUUCAGAAUCGGAAACAUUUGAAACCGAGACUUCAUCUUACACGACGUACUCCGGCGAAUCUGAAACUACGACUGUAACAACGGAAGACACCUUGAGCAUGAUCAGUACUCCUUGGAGCAGUGAAACGUGGGACUCUGCCGUUUUCAACAGUGCAAAUUCAGAGAAGACGCUAACACCGAAAUCUUCCACGUCCUAUGGAGCUACGACACCGUUCUUUAGCGUCAGCAGCAAAAACACUUUGACGUUAUUAGAAUCAGCUGUUUCGCUCAAUGAAAGUCACGUGAUGAAGCCGACCAUUCGAGCGACCCAGUCGAUGUCUUCGGGAACUUUAAGUUCGUGGACCCUUGAAAGUUUCACCAGCACGGGUCUCAUAGACUCUGAUAUUCUAAAAGUCGAGUAUCCCUGGAGCCCUUGCACUGAUAUGAGCGGAACUGAUGUAUACCCUAGUAGUGUAGACACGUUCGAAUCUAGAAAAGGUAGCAGGGCUGCAAUGAAUACUCUCAGCAAGAGAGAGCUAUUUCCCAUGAAUUAUUUGUGUACACCGCACGAAGACACUGUUCUAGAUUGGAUGUUAGUGAAGAACAAAGGGAUUUGUGUGUCGUGACGGGAAAAUAAACCUCAAA